UACAAAAACAACGUUAGAACCAACUUUAUUAGGAUCCAAUGAAACCAAGACUGUAAGUGAUUGUGGACAGACAUGCCACUUUUCUUCAACAUGCUCAUCCUUUUUAUUCAAUGGAACCCAUUGUGUGACUUUUGAAGGGACGAUGCAUUUUGAGGAAGGCAGUCAAAGAGAGGAGUAUUUCAUUUUGUCAAACAAGCUGGUUCAUUCUGACAUUUCUGGUAAAUUUGCUACUGAAUGUACAUCACAUGGAUACAUCUAUGAUCCCCUAGUCCCGUUGUGUUAUAAAGUAAACUCUACAGGUUUACCAAAGGAUGAUGCUAUGACAUCCUGUGAUCAAAGUAAUGGUCAUUUACUGAGAAUAAAUACAUACAGGAAACAAGCUUUGGUAGAAUCCUUGAACUUACAAGCAACAGGUUCAGUAACAAAAUAUCGAGUUGACGGCAGGAAAAAUUCCAAUGGUAUUUGGACUUUUUCUGACGGACGAAAAGUUACCACGUUUUACUGGUACACUGGCGAACCGAGAGAUAACCUCAAAUCUAUUGCACUGAGAAUAACAUAUGAAGGAAAGUGGGACGACGUUAAAGAAACGCAUCCACAUGGAUUUAUUUGUGAAAAAGAACUUUCAGUUUAA